AUGAAGAUUUGCCUCGUCAACUCUUCCUACCAGGGUACCAACUCUCCCUUCGAAAAGUAUGACAAACUGCCGGAUCACAGUCGAUACAUUCCCAAGUCCAGACAUGAGUUCGUCACUCGCUGGGUGACCAAGACCAAUGCUAAGGCCGAAAUCGACGAGAUCUGCAAAGAGCCCUUUGACAUGUUCUUGAACUACAUGUGGGGGAUCGAAUCUGAUGUUGUAGCUGGUGUCGAAGCGACGAAGUAUUUGGAGUCAAAAGGCGUUCCAGUCCUGAUGAACCCGUCAUGGUUCCUUGUCAAAGACAAGCUCGACCUACAGCACGCUGCGAUGAAGGUGGGAUUUAGCAUCCCGCGCGAUACUCCAGGCCGCUAUCCCAAAAUCGUGAAAUAUGCGGACGGUUGUGGCUCGCUGAAGCUCGACUACAACUCCAUCUGCCACACUCAGGACGAGGUCCAGAAGCGCAUUGCUUAUCUGAAGGGGGACAACAAGACCUUCGAUGUUAUGGUGCAGGACUACAUCAUUGGUACUGAGUGCUCGGCUAUGGUCAUCGAAAUGGGUGAUACCGUGGCAGGGCUCAACCCCUUGCGCUACGUGUUUCCCACCGAUAUGUCCCCGGAAAAAGAAUUUCUGACCUGGCAUAACAAAUUCGAGGCUUGCGAAAAUGGCACGAUCCAAUACGCACUCGUCGAAGGCGAAGAUGCUGAAAACCUUAAGAAUGGUGCUAUCGACGCUUUCAAGGCCCUUGGUCUGAUUCGUGGAGGCUGCUGGGCUCGCGUGGACAUGCGCCUCGAGAGAGACACGGGUGACGUGUAUGUUAUCGAGGUCAACAGUCUUCCGGUCGUCUUCUACCCUGUAGGCAACAAACUGAGCGAUGAUCUCGUGAUUGAACACACAUUCCCCGGUGGCCACGGCGCUCUCAUGGACGUGAUGCUCGCCACCAAAGUCUUGCAGCAGCGCAAGAAUCAGGCGCAAUGCCAGAGAGCUACUGCUCUUUUCGAUAGAAUGGCGCCCGGAUACAACGAUGUGUGGCAAAAGACUGGUCUGCGGGAGUUCCAGAUCUUAUUCGCCGCCCACUAUGAUUUUUCUGGCUCAGUUCUCGACCUGGGUUGUGGCACCGGGGCCUUCGGCAAAAUUCUCGAUGAGCAGGGUAUUCGUCCCAAGAUACACGGCAUCGACAUUUCCCCAGGCAUGCUAAAGCAGCCGUGGGUGAAGCAAUACUACCAACAGCCAGUGCGAAUUGGGCCGCUGGAGGAGCUCGUCAAGCCCCAGACUGCCGAUGAAGUCGAUCACAUCGUCUGCUUCGGCGUUCUCAACUUCCUCGACCCGAUCUUCUUCAAAGCCGUCUUCGCGAAAAUGUUCAUGCUCGCUCGCCGUUCGAUCACAGUCAACAUCGAUGACCUGACACCCGAUUUUGUUCGACUGAAUGCGGCUAAGCAUGGCAAGCUCUUGAGCGUGAACCACGUUAGGACGGUGCAAGACUUCGGCGUGCCUAAUGGCUGGAGGCUCGUGUACAAGAAGUGUGGGAAGAUGUUCACGUCUCCUUCCAUGGGGCCGGAUGUAUAUGGGUAUGGGAUGCGGUUUGAGCGGGUGUAG